AUGAAUGCGCACCUCUCCGCUUUCGGUAAGACGUGCCAGAGUCCCUCGCGCCCCAUUUCUGGCUCGAUUGGAUGCGCGGGGUUCUCCGUCUUUCUGACGCUUCAGCCAAUCAGAAUUGUUAACACUCAACCAGAGGUUAGGUUCUUUCCCAAUUGGAUUCGCAUGUCACCGCAACUUUGCGUCUUUGACAGAGCCGGCGCCAACAGCAGCGAACCGGACUCGUUCCUGGCGGCUUCUUCCCGUGUUACUGCACCACGCGCACAGACCACCAAUAUCAGCCCUGUAGCCUUGUCCAACGGGUCCAGCUCCCCCAUCAGCUGCAGCUCAGUUCAGCGUCGCAUUCAAACCCCAUCGCUGCGAUCGACCCGUCCGUUGUCGCGACUUCAUUCUCCGGCCCAGAUUCAACCUCCAACUUCACAUCUCCACCUAGCAAACUUUAGGGAGCCCACCGUCAUCACCAAAUCACCGCUUAAUCGCACCACAAAAGAGAACAACAAACUCAAAGGCGUGCGCGCGCCUCGCUCCUCAGAACGUCACGAACCAGAACAACCCGCCGCGUCUCAACCCAGGAAACACCCGACAGCCACCAUCAUCACAACCGCAGCCGCAACCGCCACCGCACACCAUUGUCGACAGAAAACACAAAACAAAGUCGCAAAAAUGUCAGCCGACGACCCCUCUUCGAUCCCAACCUCCACCUCUCGCCUCUCCUCCCGCCCCACCAAGCGUCUCCGCGCCUCCUCUCCCACCUCCCUUCAGGCCUCCCACCUGCAACAACUCUUCGCCAAACCCGACCGAGAAAUCAUCAUCCCACCGCUCCCCUCCUCCGCCACUUCCGGCUCCUCUCGAUUACCUCCCCCUCCGGAAAUCGUCACCAACGUUCAGGGUUCCUCCGCCGGUGCGGGAUCGGGCGAGUUUCAUGUAUAUAAAGCUGCCCGGAGGAGGGAAUAUGAACGGCUGAGGAUCAUGGAUGAGGAGGUUGCGAAGGAGAAGGAGAGGGAGGAGUUUGAAGCCAAGAAAAGGGAGAGGGAGAGGGCGGAUGAGGAGAAGACAAGGAGGAAUCGGGAGAAGAGGGAGAAAAAGAAGAAUAAAGGGAAGGGAGGGAAAGGUGGAGGUGGAGGUGGAAGUGGAAGUGGAAAUGGUAGUGCAAGUCAAGGAGGGAGUGUGACGACAGCAAAUGGGGCCGAGAAGAAAGAGACUGCAAAGACUGGGGACGAGGGAGGCGCAAAGGAGAGUGCAGCCGGAGCUGGAGUCACUAGCAACGACACCGCUGGGGAGAGUACCGCAAAGGAAGCGGACAAGUCCACUUCGACCACGGCUGCGUCUGCUCCCGGGGCAGUAGUACCUGGAAAUGCGGAGUCUGGGCUACUUAUCGUUGAAGACGACUGA